CUGCUCCCCCCCCCCCAGCCUCCCCCUGCCCAUCCCGGGGUGCCCAUGGCCCAGGAAACCUUCGCCUUCACCUCCUCUGCCCUGCGCUCGCUUCGGCUCCAGCGGGAACUACUGGAGCAGGAGGAUCGCCGGCGGGCCCUGGCUCGGGAAUCGGCCACGCGCCGGUUCCUGUCGGCUAGCCCCCGGCCCCCCCCGGCUCCCUCCCGGCGGCCCCAGUACUGCCGGGACCCCGCCGUCCACAACGCCCUGUACGCCGGGGACCUCCUGCGCGUCAAGAGCAUCUUUAAGGAUGAGACCACCACGAACCUGGUCAUAGAGACGGUCAGCGAGGAGCUGGUGUGGUCACCCGAGCAGGGGCUGUGGGUGCUGAGCCCCCGCCGGCAGCAGACCUCGGCGCUGCGCAUCGCCGCCGGCCGCGGCUACGGCGACUGUGCCCGGCACCUGCUGCUGCGGGGGGCGGAGGUGGACGCGGUGGUGGGGGGCCGGGCCCCCCUGCACGACAGCGCGGCCGCCCCCCGCCCCGACUGCGCCCGCCUGCUCCUGGCCUUCGGGGCCGACCCCAACCUGCUCAGCGCCGAGGGCUCAGCCCCGCUGCACCUCUGCACCGCGCCCGACAGCCUCCCGUGCGCGGAGCUGCUGCUGGCACACGGGGCGCGGGUGAACCUGGGCACGCGGGACCGGCAGCUGACGGCCCUGCACGUGGCGGCGCGGCAGGGGCUGGUGGCCCACGUGGAGCUGUACCUGCGGCACGGUGCCGACCCCGCCCGCCGCAGCCGCCAGGGCGAGACCCCCCUCAACGCCGCCUGCGCCGCCGCCGAGCGCCCCGAGGACGCCGAGCGCUACUACCGGGUGGCUGAACAGCUGCUGGCGGCCGGCGCCGACCCGGGGGCUGCCGGCCGCAAGGACCACACGCCGCUGCACAACGCCUGCGGUAACGGGCAGCCCCGGCUGGUGCGGCUGCUGCUGCGCCACGGGGCCGAUGCCACCGUCCCCAACUGCGCCGGCUACACCCCCAUGGACUGCGCCCUCCACGCCGUCGAGGAGUACCGGCACCAUCGCCCCGAGGAAACCAUCGCCCUCCUCCUUGACCAUGGCGCCGGCCCCGUCCACCCCAAGAUGCUCAAGUUCUGCUGCCGGCACCCCCCGGCGCUGGAGGUGGUGCUCAACGCCUACGACCGCAUCCCCCCCGCCGAGAGCUGGGUGGAGGCCGUGCCCCCGGAGCUGUGGGAGGAGCACCGGGAGUUCUACGCCUCGGCGCAGCGCAUGGCGGGCCAGCCGCGGCGGCUGCAGCACCUGGCCCGCUGUGCCGUUCGGCGACACCUGGGCGCCCGCUGCCACGCCGCCGUCCCCAAGCUGUCCCUGCCGCCCGCCCUGCGCCGCUACCUGCAGCUGCCCCUCGAGGGACUCAUCGCCUGAGGGCACCCCCGGGCCCCCCCACCGGCAGCGGCCUCCGGGACGGGAGCGCCCAGGGGCCCGUGUCCGCCCAGGCACCCCGGGGGGGAAUAAAGGACGCGGCAGAGGUGGC